AUUCCCCAAGACAUGAAUCCAGGGAUGCGUUCAGGUGUAUUCUUUCGACUGAUGAUGCGACAGUCAUUGUUUGGUCGUGGCUCUGGUAGCAACAUGAAUCUUGGAGGGUCCUAUCAGAGUAGCUUUUUCGGGCAGUCUGCAUCGACGGCUUGUCAAGGGACACAUGGAGGCUACGUACGUUGUGACCAAAACAGUGAUUACUUUCUCGAUGAAAUGAUGCGUUGGCUUCAAGAAGGAGUAGCCGGUGCCGCUGCGUUCCGAGCUGAUGCCGCUUUGGUUGUCACUUGGUAUAAUACUGCCUCUGCAAUAUCUGGCAGAAGUGAUAUGGACUCUGGCCAGCUCGCUACUUAUCAGCUUGUAUGGCUCACUGAUGAGGCUGCUCGUCUUAGCUAUGUGAUCCUAAACUACGAUAAACUCGGCUUCGACGCAGCUGACUUCCGCGCCAACUCCAGAAGCGGACGUUGUCAGGCAGUAUUCAAUGGAGGAAAUCAUACUGGUCUCGUACCUGUGGACCCAACACAAGCGUACAAAAAUACACCUAAGGUUUUGUCUCAACGUUCUGGAGUUCCUCACAUGGUCCGUGGACGGUACAUGUUUCGUGUCGAUGAUGUUGUGCGACCAGCUGGUUGCAGUAACAAAACAGGAGGAACUUAUCCGAUGCUGAUUUAUCCAAAUAUUGUAAAUAUGAUGGGUGAAAUGACGGUAGAUGUAAACGCUAUCUGCCUUGAUCGUGCUCAGACCUACAUUCUUAUGAUUGAACAACGACAAACUGCAACCUGUACAGUAUUGAAUUCUGCCAUUGCGCGAUGCCAUUUGCCGAAAAUCUACGACUGGGGAACAAAAACGGUUUAUUUUCAACCGCAAAGCGGUGGCGCUAAUGAUGAAAAAGCCUUUGUGGGAUACAUCUAUUUUGUGCCUCCAACUCUCGAUCCGAUGCGAUUGGAUAUUGGCAACAUUUAUGACUGGUUCAAAAAUCCUCUUCCAUACCAG